AUGACAUGGCGCCUCCACGAGUUCAAGAUGGAUGCUGGAACGGCCAUGGAAAAGCAUUUGGACGCCUUAGACGAGCUUGUUGUCGUUUUUCAGACGCUUGGCGAGCCUGUCGACAAGGAACGGCAGCUGGUAGUGCUACUGAGCAGCCUUCCAGCCGAAUGCGAGCUGGUAUCAUCUAUCAACGAGAACGUCAAGGACAUCACGCUUAACGAUUGA